AUGUCAAAGAAUGUAUUAAACACGUACAAUUUCGUGAGUACGUCUAACCGUCAAAGACCACUUAGCAGUGAUCACUAUCGACUCAUCAUACGCCAACAGCCAAAAAUAGCCAGGUUAUGUAGUUCCAAAGAACGAGAUCGAAGGCCGGUUGACCCUCCACCGAUUAUACAACUCAAGGUCGAAGGUAGUAGUGAGGAAGCACAGAAUUUCCUUCAGAGUCCGUAUUACUUUAUGUGUGCCAAUCUCAUGCAUCACAGCGGCAAUAGUGAUCUUGCUAUUUCCUCGCAGUGCCUUGCCGGCACCGUCGUAUCUUCUCUUCAUAAGUUAAAAGACAUUGACAAUACCGAUGGUGGGUUCUUUGUGUUUGGUGACAUAUCGGUCCGUGUUGAGGGUCGUUAUCGCCUGCGUUUCAGCUUAUUUGAGAUCAUACGGGAUGAGGUUGUUCACAUACAAUCCUUGAUGUCCGACGUAUUCACUGUCUACCCUCCAAAAACAUUCCCGGGAAUGUCCGAGUCAACAUUCUUGUCGAGGUCUUUCUCGGAUCAAGGUGUUCGCAUAAGAAUACGUAAAGAACACCGGAUUCAGAUGAAACGACCACCGUCUAGUAGGCAUUCGGACAUUGCAGAUGGUGAAGAUAAUAUCCAUGAUGAUGGUCUCGAUCUAGGUGAUACCCUAAGGAGAAAGAGGAGUAGGUGUUCUUCGUCUCCCCCAAUGGAAUUACAAUCCACGGGAUCUCCUUACCAUCAACAAUCCCCACCGCUUCCAAAUAAUGAUCGAAAUAGUAAUACGAGCUCAUAUAGUUACUCAUCACCUAAUGUGAACCAUCAAUACGAAUCCUCAUCUUCAUUCAGUCCGAGUCAUUGUGAACCAGUCCUGCGUCAAAGAUCACUGGACCGCGAGAGCACUUACCAGCACUACGAUUCCGAACGUGAAUCCCUUCACGAUGAUCGCACGUCAGUUCGCUCGGAUUCUUAUGACGUCACAUCGUCUCCGUAUGGGGAUCCGGAAUGCCGGAGAUCAUCGAAGCCCGAAUUUUUGUUUUCAUCUGAUGACCCUCGGUCUACAAAUCAAUCAAAUAAUUACUCUCGACCAUUACGUCCUCUUCACCAUAAACCACAACGUGGGACAACCUUACCACCUUUGUUGGAAUAUCCCGAUUCUUCCUCACGUCACCAAAUUUAUGAUUCCUUGGAUUCUAAUGCUAAUUACCAGGCGACAAACCGUUCGCCUUUACAACCUCCCUCUAACUCUUCAUCCCAUUAUUCUAGCGGUCCUCGGCUAUAUCAAGUUAAAACUCCUACGAGAUCGAACACUUUGCCUUCUUAUAUUGAUUCGCGAAGUCAACCCCAUCAUUAUCGUACGAUGAACUCUGAACAGCCAUUGUCCUCCGUGAACCAGUUGCCAACUCCGCGUACUUCAUUUGAUGCUCAUCUGACUCACCUAUCGAGAACAUCGCCAAACAUAUCAACAUCUCCAGACGGCUAUAAGGAUAGCUACAGUAACAAUGACAGUGCGAGCAAUGUAAAUAUCACGACACCACGUUUUACCAAACAGUUCACUUCCAGUCCGCGUCCUUCUCACAGUCAAUUAUCAAGCUCUCCACCCUUGCCUACUGACAAUACUCGAGCGACUUCCGGAUCCACCUCGAUGUCAAUAGUUUCCGGACACCCACCCACUCCUGCUCGAUUAUUGACGACUCCUUUGCAUCCGACUACCACCACCACAAGAUUACCGCCUAUCACUGCAUUGACCGACAACCUAGGGAUGGAUGGUUUUUCGAGGAGAAAAGAAUUGCCGAUGCCCUUUUCGUCGCCGCCGACAUUGGUGAUCAAUGAUAACAGCGGCGGUGACACCAAUCAUUUCCAAUCGGAUCGGCUACUGCCACGACAACAUUACCAGCAUUACCACAACACGAAUGCUAGUAGUUCUAUGAUACAAGAUCACGUGCAAAAUUACAGUCAUUUCACCGAACGACCAGUGCUAAACAAUAACAUUUUAGCUCCACCAACAUUUGCUCAAGAUAGCGUAAGAAGUUGGAACGGAGGGUACCUUACAUAA